ACUCGCUACAGACACACUCACACACAGUGUGCCUAAGCAAAGAAACGCUCCAGCGCCAAGUCUCUCAGACUCCUGAAGUAGGAGCGACUCAGUUGGAGCUUCUGUAGUUAUCAAAGGAGGAGAGACGCUCCCUCAGGAAUUGACCGCUUGCAUCGACCGGGCAAAAAGGCUCCAGGUUUUUGGACUGUCUCGUUAUGCAGCGAUUUUGGGAUCUGGAGCUUUUCUGAAGGGAUUCAGCAAUGCCACAGUGAAAGGAACUCUGAACUCACAACGUUUACUGGCUUUCUGCAGUUUGCAUUUGAUAUGCACUGACACGCUGCUUUUUUCAGCGUCUCUUUUUCUGUGGGAAUACACCAGACUGUUAUGUUAGUAACUGCUCUGCGAUUUGGAACAUCCUCUGGAAAGAUACUUGGCUGUUAUUUCAUAAAUUGAGAUUGCAUCCCACUGCUACGCAUUUUUCUCCAAGUGUUUGGACAUUUUCAGAGAGGUGCACAGAUCCACGGCUGGAAUACCACAGGGCUGCACACAGCGUUUCCUCAGUGUAUGGAUUGUGCGCGCUGGGACCUUGUCAAACCUGAGAGCGUCAGGCGACGUUAAGAGAAGCCACGUUUAUAAAAGCCGUGCGUAAAAAUAACAUUGGCCAAGGCAGCCCUCAUUGCCGGGCUCGUGACAUUUAAAACUCGGUGAAGUACUCUUUUGUGCGACCCUUCUCUCCCGGGACGCUGCGGAUCUAUUCUGUCUCUUUAGAAAACACUUCAUCCCAUGCAGCUCUCGCCUCGGCCGCUGUCAUCCAGUGCAGACAGUUCGUCGUGGCUUCGAGUCCCCGGGGUAACCAUGACAACCGAAAGAAACCCAAAGUGAAUCCAAGGGAGCGGGGUGAGGCUGGAGAGAGCGUGAAAAGAGUUUUUCCCAUUUAGAUUUUUUGUUGUGUUUAGACUAAACACUUCUUUGCAGAGCUUGGCGCUGCACAGUUGCAUCAGCGGGCAAAUUGCAAAGUUGAAGGAGCCCUAAAAAGAAAACGCUCCAUGUCAUUCAAACCCGACGUGGUCUAUUAAAAGUAUCGCCUUGCCGGUGACUGAACUUCUACUAUUUAUGACGCCCCUGGCUUGUCAUUGCAGAAAACACAGUGACCGGGAAAAUAUUUGACUUUAAUCUACGCGAGAAGAACCGGUGUGUAAAACCAGAGGAAUAAUGGGCCUCUCACACACGCUGCUCGUGUACGUGCUGGUGUGCGUCCACCUUGGAGUUUCACAGCAUUUCCUUCGCCUCCGUCCAUCGCCCAGUGAUCACCUCCCAGUGCCCGACCUCAAAGAGGACCCCGACCCGGAGUAUGACCCCCGGGAGCAGGACUUGGUGGAGAGGACUCUGCGGAAAAAGCUCGGCAGUAACUUUGACCCCAACUUCAUGUCGAUCACCUCGCCCAUGGUAAACAUCUCCACGACAGACGUGCAGGGGAAGCUGCCGGGGUCCAUGCCUCCCGAGAUUAAAAACAUUGACCUCACGAGGACCCCCUAUGGAAAGAGGGUUAAAGUGGGCAAGAAAGCCCGUAGGAAAUUUCUGCAGUGGCUGUGGACCUAUACGCACUGCCCAGUGGUGCACACCUGGAAGGAUUUGGGCGUGAGGUUCUGGCCACGUUACAUCAAGGAGGGAAACUGUUUCUCUGAGCGCUCGUGCUCCUUCCCCGAGGGGAUGUCUUGCAAACCCGUCAGGUCAAUCAACAAGAUUUUCCUCCGGUGGUAUUGUCAAGGGUUUCUAAGACAGAAAUACUGUACGUGGAUACAGGUGCAAUACCCAAUCAUCUCAGAGUGCAAGUGUUCGUGCUGAUUCUUUCUAAGGAAGGAGUGGUGGUCGAGGGGGAGUGGACUGGAAAUACGGUUUCUAUUGCACUGUUAACUCUCUACAGAGGUGGGCACCAUAGCAGAUCUAUUUUUUUAUAUAGCAUUUUAAGUGAAAUACCAACAUUGUACAUAUUUAAGAAAAAUGCAGCUAUUUUUUCUAAUUGAACCAGGACCAUAUUUUAUUCUCAACCCUGAAACGUGUUUUUUGGGGGAACACGAGCACUUCAUAAGGAAGAGCUUUUUUUGAUAUUUUUUAUGAGACAUUGAAGAUGCAAUGCAUAUGCUACACUUCUCCAAGAGGUGAACUUUUUUCUUCAACUGAACAUUGAUGCUGACUGUUAUUUCACUGCAAUGCUGCCUAGAGUUUUUGUAUAAUAUUAAUAUCAAUAAUAAUUAAAUUGUAAAAAAAAAAGAAAAAGUUGAGGUUAAAGAUAUAUAUUAAGGCGUGAACUCAGCUUUUUUUGGAAUACAUAGUAUUGUAGAAAUAAACAAAUCUGUAUGUUUUAUUUAUUAUUUUAACGAUUGUGAGUAUAGAGCAUAAGGAAAGAGAAUAGCAGAGUAUACCAGAAAAAAUAUGGGAGAUGUCUACUUGAAUAUUUCUAAAAAUAAAAAAAAAUCAAUAAAAUCAAUACAAAAGUAAAACA